UUACCGUGGUAGUCACUACCCAUAAUCCCAUGCGUUAUGCUGAUCCCACGGAAAUUCCUCCCCGCCCACUUCCGGUACAUAGGGUGUGAGCUGCCGCCUUAUCCUCCAGGGUUACACAGUAGUGAAGAAGACAUCCGGUGAGUGUGAGACACCGAGCAGCCAUCCCCGUGUGUCAGGAGGACUGCGCAGGACCCAGAGCCCCAUCACGGUGCCUCCACCUCACUCACUGACACAUGAGACACAUUGACCAGAAGAUCCUGGAACUCCCUAACAAGAUCAUUCAGCUGCUGACUGGAGAGGAGGGGGAGUAUAUAGAGGAACACAGGGGUCUGUACAAGGACGUGAUGAUGGAGAAUCACCGGUCCCUCACAUCACUGGAUGGGCCCAGUAACAGAGAUACCCCAGAGAGAUGUCCCCGUCCUCUGUAUUCCCAGGAUUGUACAGAGGAGAAUACCAGGACCCCACAGGAGGAUCAGGUAGAACGUCUGUCUGAUAUUAAAACAGAAGAUAUAGAGGGAGAAGAAGAGACGUAUGUGACUGAUAUAAAGGCAGAAGAUAUAGAGGGAGAAGAAAUGUAUGUGACUGCUAUAAAGGCAGAAGAUACAGAGGUAGAAGAAGAGACGUAUGUGAAUGAUAUAAAGGCAGAAGAUACAGAGGUAGAAGAAGAGACGUAUGUGAAUGAUAUAAAGGCAGAAGAUAUAGAGGGAGAAGAAGAGACGUAUGUGACUGAUAUAAAGGCAGAAGAUAUAGAGGGAGAAGAAGAGACGUAUGUGACUGAUAUAAAGGCAGAAGAUAUAGAGGGAGAAGAAGAGACGUAUGUGACUGAUAUGAAGGCAGAAGAUAUAGAGGGAGAAGAAGAGACGUAUGUGAGGGAUGAUCAGCAGUGUAAGGAGGAGGAGAUCCCUACAGAUAUCAGCACAGCAGAUGGACACACAAGCAGGAAUAUCUCAGAAGGACAUCUAAUGUUAUCCCCGGAUUGUGACAUAAAAGAUGACAGUAGACAGGAUUCUCCAGGAGAUAAUCCAAUUACCCCAAUUAUAUAUCCAGCUCUAUCAGCUGAUCCCUCUGAUCCUGGGAAAUGUUCUCCUGAUCACUCUGAUAUUGGUGCAUCUGUUACAGCUCUGAGAGUAGAUACAGUGUUUCCCUGUUCUAUAGAUGCCAAAUGUUUUACACAGAACACAAAGCUUAUUACCCAUCAGGCAGCUAAGGCAGGUGAGAGGCCACUGAUAUGUUCUGACUGUGGGAAAUGUUUUACCUGCAAAUCACAACUUGUUUCACAUCAGUGCAGACACAAAGGUCAGAAGCCAUUUCCAUGUUCUGAGUGUGGGAAAUGUUUUACAGAGAAAUCACAUCUUGUUACACAUCAGAGACGUCACACAGGUGAGAACCUAUUACCAUGUUCUGAGUGUGGGAAAUGUUUUACACUGAAAUCACAUCUUGUUACACAUCAGCGAAAUCACACUGGUGAAAAGCCAUUUCCAUGUUCUGAGUGCGGGAAAUGUUUCACCCGGAAAUCACAACUUGUUAAACAUCAGCGAAGUCACACAGGUGAGACUCCAUUUCCAUGUUCUGAGUGUGGGAAAUGUUUUACAUACAAAUCACUUCUUGUAAUACAUAAGAGAAUACAUACAGGUGAGAAACCAUAUUCCUGUUCUGAGUGUGGGAAAUGUUUUACAUACAAAUCAACUCUUGAUGCACAUAAGAGAAGUCACACAGGUACAUCACCAUUUCCAUGUUCUGAGUGUGGGAAAUAUUUUGCACAGAAAUCACAACUUGCUAGACAUCAAAGAAUUCACACAGGUGAGAGGCCAUUUCCAUGUUCUGACUGGAAAAUGUUUUGCACAGAAAUCACAUCUUUUUGCACAUCAGCAAAGUCACACAGCUGAGAAGCCAUUUCCAUGUCAUGAGUGUGGGAAAUGUUUUACACACAAAUCAGAUCUGGUUAGUCAUAACAAAAGUCACACAGGUGAGAAGGCAUUUUCUUG